AUGAGCAGCAGAAGGAAACGUGCGCCUCCUGUCCGUAUGGACGAAGAGGCCAAGAAGAAGCUCAAUUGGAACAUGCACCAGGACAGAAGGAAUGACGGCGAGGUUGAGGGUGAUGAGAUCUUCUCUGAGCCGUCUGUCAGCUUCCAGCCUAACCUUGUGCUUGAGCAGCCCAGUCGAGAUGUGGCUGGCAAAUUCUACCCACCACCUGUGGAGAAAGAGGAGGAACCAGAGUGUUCCUUCCAGGAUUCAUCCCCAGACACCACUGAGCUUAAUGUGGUACCCUUGGCUACUCUGGACCUCGGGUGGAAAGCCUUGAUUGGAGAAUUUAAUCUGUAUCCAAAGGUUCCCGUUGAGCUUGGAGACAUUACUUUUUGCCUGCAGCAAAGUGGUAAUGUACUGUUGCUAAAAAUACCCAGUACAACACUGGAUGAGCCAAGAAACUGUCCUGUUGAAUGUUCCUUUGGUGGAUUAUCACUGGAGGAUCUGGACUGGCUGCAGAAGAGGAAGGUCAUACAGCUGUGCUACCUGUCUGGAGAUGGAGCAGUAAAGCUGAAGAUUGUUCUUUUGGAGUCUGGGUUGGGACGGCCAGAAUUUCUCAGUGAAGGAAAUGGGCGUAUAAGAAGAGCCAAUCAGCUCCUGCAGAAACUGAUGGAAUUGUUCUAUGACUUCAUUAUCCCUGAGAUCAUGGAGAAUGAAGAGGAAGAGUGUGACACUGAUUUGGAGCGGCAGAAUGUGGAGGAACUCUAUGAUUAUGUCAGGCACCUUCACCAAAGAGAAGAUCAGGGGCAGAGCUUUGACGUACAGCAUCCAGCUCUUAUACCAGUGCUACGGCCUUACCAGAGCCAGGCUGUCAACUGGAUGCUGAGGAGAGAGAGGUACAAAACUGAAGCCUCACAAGAUCAAACUUUGCAUUUCCUUUGGAGGGAGGUGAUUACAAUGUGUGGAAAGAAACUCUUUUAUAACCCAUACACUGGCUGUCUAAUCAGGGAGUUUCCUCUCGUUGGGGUGGACUGGCCUGGUGGAAUACUUGCUGAUGAGAUGGGGCUAGGGAAGACUGUGGAAGUGCUGGCUCUUAUUCUGUGCAACACUCGUGAAGGCUUGAAGCAGGGCGCUCUCACUUUACCUGUGGGAAAAUCAGUGAACUACUAUAUUCCCCCACCACCAUUAGAACGGCAAAGGACCAAGCACUGUGAGGUUAAGCCCAGAGAGAAAAUCAAUUACCCUGCUGUCCGUGUGAUGCUUCUGACUGCCAUUAAGGAAAUGAAGGUUGGGAAGGGAGCUUCAGUCAAUGCUGUUUUCACAUACCUCCGGAGUAUGUACAAGUAUGACUGUCUGAAGAACCGCAACCACAUUAAGAAGGCACUGGCGAAGCUCAUAUCUGCAGGAUUAGUAGAACAGAUCAAAGGCCGGGGAUUGGCUGGGUCAUUCAAGCUGGGAAAAAAUUACAAAGAGAAGAAGAAGAAACCUGUUACUCUUCAGAAGUCACCUGGAGAAACAGCUUGCAGGAGAACAUCUCGGCGAUCUACUGGCCAGGACAAAGAUGCCAUAAUGAACUCAUACAGCACAGCUUCUGACUCAGAGGACACACUGGGCAGCAUGGAUCCUCCACCACUUACGGAAGAACCUAAACAAGAGUAUGGAUCUUUAUCAGAGCCAGAGAUGCUCAGUGACAAACUGAGAACUGACAGUAACCCAGAGAACUUUCAGCCCUGUGCUACUUCAGCUGAUGAUGAGAAAGAGACAGAAUGCCCCGUGGCUAAUGUUAAGCCAGAGCAAAUGGAGAAUAAUGAUUGUCUUCAGCUAGAGAGUCCUGAAUCAGAUGUUGUCCAGAGUUCUCAGCCAGACCCUCCGCCCCCAACCAGAGCAUCUGUGGUCCCCUUCAACACACCAGAUUACCGCUUUGAGUGUAUCUGUGGAGAGCUGGGCCUGGUGGACUAUAAGGCUCGCGUACAGUGUAUGAACUGCCUGCUAUGGCAACAUGCAGAGUGUGUCAACUAUAAGGAAGAGAACCUGGAGACUACACCAUUCUACUGCCCACACUGCUUGGUGGCCAUGAUGCCUGUGCCUACUGGUGCCACUCUCAUCAUUUCCCCCAGCUCAAUCUGCCAUCAGUGGGUAGAGGAGAUCAACCACCACAUCCGUUCCGCCUCUCUCCGAGUACUGGUGUACCAGGGUGUGAAGAGGCACGGUUUUAUCCAGCCCCACAUCCUAGCUGAACAAGAUGUGGUCAUCACCACUUACGACGUGCUGCGUACUGAACUAAACUAUGUGGACCUCCCUCAUAGCAACAGCAAAGACGGCCGACGCUUCCGCAACCAGAAGCGCUAUAUGGCCGUCCCUAGCCCACUUGUGGCUGUGGAGUGGUGGCGCGUGUGUCUGGAUGAGGCUCAGAUGGUGGAGUGCACCACAGCCAAGGCUGCUGAGAUGGCUUUAAGACUCACAUCCAUUAAUCGCUGGUGUGUAAGUGGAACUCCUGUACAGAGAGGUUUAGAAGAUUUGUAUGGCCUUGUGCUGUUUCUUGGAGUUGAUCCAUACUGGGUAAAGUACUGGUGGGACCAGCUGCUCUACAGGCCAUACCGACGUGGAAACACAGGACCACUAUACAGUGUUAUUGGCCUGCUUCUAUGGCGAUCAGCAAAAAAAGAUGUCAUCGACCAGAUCCAGAUUCCCCCACAGACAGAAGAGAUCCACUGGCUCCACUUUUCUCCGGUGGAGGGCCACUUCUACCACCGCCAGCAUGAGGUGUGCUCUCAGGAUGCCCUGGUGAAACUGAGAAAGAUCUCUGACUGGUCACUGAAGUUGGGCAGCCUGGACCGACGCACAGUCAACACCAUCCUGUACCCGCUCCUGCGUCUGCGACAGGCUUGCUGCCAUCCUCAGGCUGUCAGAGGGGAGUUUCUGCCCUUCCAAAAGAGUACAAUGACAAUGGAGGAGCUGCUGAAGUCUCUGCAGAAGAAGUGUCGUGUUGAGUGUGAGGAGGCUCACAGGCAGCUAGUAUGUGCUCUCAAUGGUCUGGCAGGAAUCCACAUCAUCAGAGGUGAGUUUGUGGAGGCAGCAGAGAUGUACAGAGAGGUUCUUCGGUCAUCAGAGGAGCACAAGGACCGCCUUAAAACAGACUCUCUGCAGAGACUUCAUGCCACACACAAUUUGAUGGAGCUGCUAAAUGCAAAGCAUCCUGGUAUACCCCCUACUCUUCGAGAUGACCGUCUAAAAGAGGAGGCAGAGCAGCUGAAACAGCAUUACAUGACCAAGGUCAGCUCUGAAGUGUCCGAGGCUCAGCAGAACCUACUGCCCGUCCUUCAGAACAUCAGAGAACUCAGGCGCAAGGUUAAUCUGCGUUCUCCCUGGUGGUUGGACGUCAUCCAGCAGGCCAUUCAAUACUCCAUGGAUGAUGACUUGGUCAGCCGCAUCCAGAAUGAGCUCACUUGCAGCUACAAACAGCAAGCCAACAAAUUCUCAAUGGCAGACAAGUUCCGGGAUGCACGCGGGCUCCAAUUUUUACUCAGUACUCAGAUGGAUGAGUUGAUGAAAUCCCAAAAAACUGUUCAGGAUGCUGUGAAAAAACUAGAAGCUCAGCCUUCUCAGGAAGUCAUUGAAGAGGCGACCGCUUGUCACCUCAGGCCUGUUCGCCUUCCACUCAACAACUGUGUGUUUUGCAAAGCUGAUGAACUCUUCACAGAAUAUGAGUCAAAAUUAUUCUCACACACUGUUAAAGGCCAAACAGCCAUAUUUGAGGAAAUGAUUGAGGACGAGGAUGGGCUGGUGGACGACAGAUUGCCCACUACUAGCCGUGGUCUGUGGGCAGCCAGUGAAACGGAGCGUACUUUGAAGGCCAUUUUGUCUUUUGCCAAGAUCCGCCGCAUGGAGUCUGAUCUCAUCGAGGAGGGCAAUACCUUUAUGGAACUGUUUGAGUCCUGGAAAAAAGAGUAUAAGGUGUUGCAUGAGUACUGGAUGACGCUGAGGGAUCGCGUGUCAGCAAUAGAUGAGCUGGGCAUGGCUACAGAAAGGCUGCGUGUGCGUCUUCCUGAUGAGCCCAAACCUAAAGUACUGCACAUCAUAGAGCCACAUGAGGUGGAGCAGAACAGAGUGAAACUGUUGAAUGACAGAGCUGUGGCAAAAUCUCAGCUGCAGAAGAAACUUGGACAACUGCUGUACCUCAACAACCUGGAGAAGUCUCAGGAUAAAUCCACAGGGGGUCUGAACCCAGAGCCAUGUCCCAUCUGUGCCCGCUCCCUGGGUCAGGAGUGGGCCGUGCUCACAUGUGGACACUGCUUCUGCAACGAGUGUAUUUCCAUCAUUGUGGAGCAGUACAGCGUUGGCAAUCGAAAGAGGGCUAUAAAGUGUGCCAUCUGCAGGCAAACCACAUCCCACACUGAAAUUUCCUACGUCUUCACCACCCAGGCUGCAGGCCAGGGGGAGGAAAUCCCUGUCAAAGGAAGUCACUCCACUAAAGUAGAAGCUGUGGUCCGAGCCCUCAAGAAAAUCCAGAUCACUGACCCUGGAGCUAAAUCCCUUGUGUUCUCCACGUGGCAGGGAGUUCUGGACAUCAUUGCAAAAGCGCUCUUUGACAACAAUAUGGAGUUCGCACAGAUCAAUGGAAUUCAUAAGUUUCAGGAGAACUUGAGUUCUUUCAAAUAUGAAGAGAAGAUCAACAUCCUGCUAUUGCCUUUGCACACCGGCUCGAACGGCCUGAAUAUCAUUGAGGCUACCCAUGUCCUGCUCGUGGAGCCCAUCCUCAACCCAGCCCAUGAGCUGCAGGCCAUCGGCAGAGUGCACCGCAUCGGCCAAACAAAGCCCACUUUUGUGCACCGGUUCCUGAUUAAGUCCACUAUUGAGGAACGCAUGCAGGCUAUGCUGAAAACAGCAGAAAAAAGUCAUGGUACCACAGCCAUGAAACACUCAGAGGCCUCUGUAUUCACAGUGGCUGACCUGGCUGAACUUUUCACUGAGGAUACAGACACACUGGAGUGAGACUCUGCAAUCUCUGCCACACAUUCUCACCAGUGAGCAUCAGGGCCAGUAAGGAUGAGGGGAGCUCAGAGGACCACUAUUAUAACAACCAGCACACAGGCUCUCCACUACUAGUUAUUUUGUUUUGCAUCUUGUAUGGCAAUUAAUUAUGGUAAUUUAAGUGGUGUAGUUAAUUUAUCAUCUUAAUGUCAAGUUAUGUUCUCAUCAUACUGCUUUCUGAUAUCUGACAUUAUACCCACUGCUCCCUGCAAGUUGCCAGCUUAAAAAAUUAUGUCAGUGACUGACACAGAUUUUAUGGGUGCUAAACAAUGAGCUUCAUCCUUGCAAACUCCAGUGCAGAUUGCACUUUACAGUGUGAUUAGUUACAUCAGCUAAAAGCUGUUUGGCAAUGUUGGGGGGUUCAUUCUACCUGAGAUUUGGAAUCAGUGGCUGCAGAUGGGUCCCCAGGAACCCAGCUAACCACAAACAAAGCUCACAGCUGUCAGAGAGCUGGUUCUUUCAGCAGUAGUAAAGCUUACUACUCUAAGGCUUUGCUCUUGCUAGUUUUAAUUGACCAACAGAAUACUAAACCUUUUUGUAAAGCAGUGCUUUUAUAAACAGAUGUUUUAAAUAGCCUCUUAGAGGCAGCCUGUAUUGACAAUGGAAAAUCUAUUAGUUGUGAAUAUAAAUGGACAUGCACCUACUGGGAGGUGUUGCAUGAUGCUGUUUUAUCUACUGGAAAGGUGUGGAAGUUUUGGGACUAGUAACAUUACAUUUCAUUCUUUUCCAGGCUAGUAAGAUUUCACACCUAUCAAUACAAAACCUGAAUGGCUCCAUCUGGUUAACUUUACAAAUGGCAUUUUAGUAAAGAUUUGCACUAUUUCACUGUUUAUUCCACAGAAGUGUUAUUUAUAUUUUUUGUCAGUUUCAAAACAGUUACUAAAGAUCACUGCAUUCUUUGUUGGGGAAUGAUGGAACAGUCCCUCAGAAGCUAAGAAUGCUAAAGGAGAUAAUAGCACUAGCCAAAAAAGAAAACCAAUUAAAUUUUUGCUGGCAAAAUCUCAUGUGUCUCAUGAAAUUGUCUUUCGGUUGAAUAAAAAGUGAUGUAUUUUGUUGUAAAAUUAUAAAAUGUAAAUGUUUAAUAAGAAACCAUUGGUCUUACAGCACUGGUCUUUGCUAAUCCUUAUUUCUUCAGACGAUGCCUAAUUGGAUCGUGAUGGAAUUUGCUGGUGAAGAAUCAUGUAAACCCUUUAGCUAUUUGUAUGACAAAAGACACAUUAUCCAUAUGUCCAUAAAUGUUUUCCUAUAAAGCCAAAAAUGAAA